AUGAGACCCUCCGCCGACACUCCGCCACCCAGAUCGCCUGCAUCUUCACAAACUCGGGACUCGACAAACACCAAAAAGGUCGAUUUUUCGCCCUGGCCGACUUAUCACAAGAUUUCUCAGCCCGGACAGACUGGCCCUCACGAGGCGCGCAUAUCCAAGCAGACCCCAUUACGCCGAGACAGCAAGCCGCUCAAGUCGAUUCUGAAGCCGGCCAGCGAACCAUUGCCACCGACACCGGAUGAAUUGGAGAGCAAAUUGAGCUACUUCUCACCACAAGAACCGGGAAGUUUCCGCAGGAUGCUGCAGUCGAUCCUUGGGCAGCUAGGCAGUACCUCGCGAGAUAACCGGCGCGAUGCGUAUCUCGUCCUCACAGGGGCCAUCCGGCAGUACGAAGGAGUCCCCGAUCCCGAAGCCAUCAUCGACAAGCUCGGGCUGUUGCAGCAAUUCAUUAGCCGUGAUCUUCAGUGGAAAGGCGCGGAUGGUCGUCUGGACACGAGUAUCGUCUCUCAGGCAUUGACUCUGACAGGAAUGCUCAUAUUCAACUCUGAUGUGGCCACUGCUUUCGACAGCGAUUUUCAAGAAUUUCUAGUCGAUCGCUCCAUCGCGAUCAUCGAGCAGGGCGACGUCUCAAAGGCUAUCGUGAAGAAUCACAUGUAUCUCAUGUCACAGCAACGAUUUGGUCCAGCCAUCAUGACCCCUGCUCGAGCGGACAGACUCGUCAAUGCUGUACAGGGAAUAGAAGAGCGAUGCAAGGGCAAUAGCCUCAUUUCGGCGAGGCUUAUCAUCUUCCAGAGGCUCAUUGACUCGGUGCCCAAUACCAUGCUUCAUCGGAUGCGAGACUGGAUGGAACAUGUCUUCCACGGACUGCUGAGCAGUGUUGACGACAUCCGAACUAGAGCGAUAGAAACAUGUUCACAUGCCGGUAUACGUCUAGGAACUCAGCCAUCAGCCACAAAGGUGCUCCUUGAGAUGUUCGACAAGAAUGUGGACGAAUCGGAGGAUGGGCAGACAUACGGCGACUACUUCAACUUCCGCCUUAUUCAGAUGACUGCCGCAAAAGAGCUGGCACCCCUCGUACCUCAGAUAUGGGGUGCGAUGAUUCUAUUCUUCCGGUGCAAGCGAAAGCCUCUAGAGAAGUGGCCCAGAAUAAAGGAAUGGCUAUUGACGAUCCAGAAAUGCCUUAACUCGAGUGACUUGGAAGUCAAGCAUCAAGCCAAUAUCGCAUGGAACAAGCUGGUCUUCGCAGUCAUGCCCGACUCAUCAACAGCAGAAACCAUGAGGUCCAUGUUACGGGUUCCCAUAUCGGUUGCCUUCGACAAGCGCGGCAACGACCGACUCUCCCAACAGCAGAGACAAAUUGCUAUGGAUAGCUACUGCAAUCUGCUCCACUACGGCUUACGUCCAUCUCUGAGCCACGAAGAACUCGACGCUGCUUGGGAUCUGUACGUCGAUCCUAUCCUAUCUAGCAUGGCCGGAUCGAGAAGCAAAGGCCAGCACAAUGCUUGUCGCAUUCUUCAGGGACUUUUUGGAAAGAGCAAUGGGGUCUGGAACGUUAAUGCCGCCCUCGAACGGGAAGGCAUCAAGCCAGAAGAUCUGCCAAGGCUGGAUCCUCGAUGGCUGCGGACCCGACUAGCCCGCGUCCUCAGGAUUCUAGAGCGGAUUCUUGUUGCUGGAAUGUGGACGAUGCCUGACUCGAAUAAAGCAGCUGAUGGCUGCUGGGGCCUACUUUUACAGGCUCUCGCGGAGGCUGGCAGCCAAGAAGUCAAGACGUCGAAUGAAUUGAAGGAUGCCAUUGCACAAAUCACCAACUUGUUUCGGAGAAUAUGGUCCGCUCAAUCACCGCGUCGAUCUGAAGUGGACAGUUCCGUGUGGAUGCAACGCUAUGAGUCCCUCUUGGCGCUAGCUGUCGAGGCUCUGGGAUCCUCACACUUUGUCGAAGAUGUCCUGGCCAAAACGGAGACAGACGAGAUCGAAGCAGCGCCAACGCCAUCUCACAGACAUUCCAAGCAUUCAACGCCAGCGUAUCCAGCAUUUGUGUUUCUUUUUGCUCUUUAUUACCAGCCCCGCAGCGAAAUAAAAGCUUCUGGUCUCUACAAGAAGUCCGCUGCCUGGUUUCUUCGCUUGCUGGGACGGUCUAAGACAUCAGCUUCGAGCAACAUGGCGCUGCUGUAUCGCUCUCUCCAGUUUGCUUCGGAUGUCCAAACAGAUCUCGACGUCUCUAGUCAGGUAUGGAGUGUGCUAGCGGAGUCUGCAAUCGAUGGCAUAAAAGUCACUGCACCGGCUUCUCCUCGCGACGCUCAAAUCAUGGGCAACACCCUGAGCUGGGCGAUCAAAAUUUUCGUGGAUGGUCUUCGCUGCGUCCAAUUUCCUUACUGCAGUGCCAGCGCGGAUGAACUAUAUACGGCAAUCUGUCAGGCCGCGAAACACCAUGGGCAUGAUGGUGGCGUUGCUUUGGGUGUUAUGGAGCCGCUGUCGAAGCUCCUGACACCUAGAUUGGACGAAAUGCCUUUAAGCAGUGCAUUAUUUGCCGGGCAAGUUCUUUUGCAAAACGGUGUCUGGCCAAAGAAUCGACAAGAACUGGAUCAGAGCAGAAAAGCCUUAUGGACGAUAAGCCUGGAGCUGCACAAAAGCCCAGUUUUUGACCCAUUCCAGCAUGUCUACAACUUGUUCGUUGGAGUCACGGAUCGCGCAUAUAAGCACGUCGCGGAGAUGGACACCAGCUCACUGCAGGCAUUGUCUGAAUUCAUGAGCUCAUCGAUCCCGUUCUUUCGACGGUGUCCCCACUCUAUCCUGCCGGUGGCGCUUCGUCAAGCGCAGAAUGGCUUCGCAGUAUGGGUAGAAGACCGUCAGCGCAGCAUUUUUCCAUUGUGCGAAGGAGAUGCUCCAUCGACUUUCGAUAGACAUUGCAUCUUCAAAGUGUGGUCAGAGCUUCUUCAUCUGGUCGAGGGACUACCACGCAAAGACUCUACUCUGCUUGAAUCCCUUGAACCGUUGCUGAUCGCUGGCCUUUCAAGUCCGAGUAAGGACAUUGUCAACAAGAGCCUCUCCUUUUGGAACUCCACGUUCGGCGAAGAAGCUAGCCUUGACUACCCUUCACGCAUUGUGCCUGUGCUCAGGGCGAGGAAAGCUGAGACAGAAGUUCGAUUGCCAGGCUUGCCAGAUGACAACAAUGCCGAAGUUGCUGUCCUGCCAGCUUUCGCGGAGUCUCAGGUUGGUCCCCGAGCGGUGUCAGACGUCGCUUUCAGCAGCUCCCCUCGCGUGAGUCCGGGUGUUCGCAAGAGACCAUUGGUGGAUAACUUCUUGAUCAAGCAGCAUCUCGCCGCACAAGGGCUCCCAUACGAUGACAAGAGUCGAAGCAGCAAGUCCGCUGGAGAAUCGGCCAAGCCAAAAUUGCGGCACGAUGACUCCCAGAUCGACUUUGCCCCAAUAGAGGCCUCUCUUCCGAGCUCUCCCGCUCAUGGUGACCAAUUGCUGACCGAGCGGCAGAAGGAGGUCAAGACACGGCAGCAGGGUGACGCGCAAAUGUUUCCGGGUCUUUCUUCAAGCCCUAACGCACAGUCAAGUGCUAGAGGGAGGCGCAUUGCGAAGAAGCUGGAUUUCAUCUCUGAUGUUGGCGACAAUGAUGAAGAGGCGAUUGCUGCUACGCCACCUGCUCCGUUAGACGGAAAUCUGAUGAGCGAUGAUUUGCCGUCGUCGCCUACGCCGCGCGCGCAAGCCGGAGCAAGAACUAGCGAUGACACAGGGGCCUACGACGACAAUGAGGAGGACGACAAUGAGACGAUAGUGGACCCACCAUCCUCGCCGCCGCGGCGAGAAGCCAGUCCUGUUCAAAAUUGGGUCACUGGCCCGGACGAUACGACUGUGGUGGAGUCGACUGCUGUGUGUGGUUCCGAGCAAGGUCAAUCUAAUCCUUCUGCUCAGGUAUCUGCCGGACAAGACAUUGGAGACAGGGACGCGGAAUGCGAUGCCCGCCCGCUUGUGGCAACUACAUCAGAUCUUCCCUCAGACACGCAACUUCCCACAGUACAGCUUGAACGAGAAGCCGCAGCUGCCGAAGCACAAAAGCUUGCUUUGGUAGACACAGAACAGACAGUCGGGGAAAGCACAGAUACUUCUCACAAGCACUGGACGUACGGCAAGCCCAAGAAAACUUUCGAAGAUGAGAUCCGAGAGGUGGAGGAAGUUGCACGCAAGGCUGCAACAAACAAAGGGGAAAAGGAUGGGGAUGAGCUGACAUCCAGCAACAAUACCCCUCGAUCUUUAUCGAAGCGUGCUAAUGCAUCUCCAAAUGUCUCCCGGAUUUCAGAGUCCAUCUUGCAACCGACCGAAGGAGACAACGAACCUGCAUCUCAAACCUCUCCAGCAAACACCCUAGGAUCCUCUCUCAAAGGCAAGAAACGGAAGAGAACAGACCAAGCAGAGUCGAGGAGCGAACCCAAACGGAGCAAGCCAUCGCCUUUCAAGCGAUUCUUCAGCAACCUUGUGGGAAGUCAGCAAGAAGCAGAAGAAGAGGAUGAUAUCGAUGAUGAGAUUGUUGUUACAAUUAGUCGCCCGCGUACCUCGCCGCUUCCUAAGCGCGAGCCAGAGGAGGAGCCGACAAGCGUUCUGAGCCGACAAGGUGGUGAUUCUCCUGUUGUUCAGGUGAAGCGCAAGCGUGGCCGACCGAGGAAAGUGGUGACGGAAGAGAAUGCCAAGCGCAAGCCCGGCCAACCCAAAGGCUCAGGAUCACGCCAGUCCAGCCAACCCUCAACGACAAGCGACGACAACGGAUCCAGCGUCAGUGUUGUGAGAGACACUCCGGCUCCUGCAAAUCCGAGGAAGUCGGCUCGCCUUUCCCAAGAUGCGUCAGCUGACAGCUCAUCGCGAAGAGUCGCAGCUACGCAGCCCGAAGACGACGUGGAGGAGCAAGAUGAGGAGGUUGUCAGUCCAGAUCAGCAGCUCGCUAUGGAACAAUCUGCGGCAGAGAGACGCAUCGCCCAGCCUAAGAGUAUAUUGGGCCGUCUUCGGGGCGUUCUAGACGAUUGCAAGAAGAUGGUCUUCGGAUCUGUUGAGGAGGAAAGGCAAUUCGACGAUAUGCUCUUCGAGAUUCGACGUGAAGUCCACGACGCGGGGCGGCGUACACGGGAACGGUGA